UAUUCCACAAAAGAGCUUUAUGUGGGGAAAAAUUGUGUAGGAAACAUAUUUUCCAGGCCAUUAAAGCUUGUUGGUGAGACCUGUGCUGGGAUCUGGUGGCAUCCGUGAAGAUUGACUCAAAAAAACAUGCUGCCAAUCAGAUGACUUUGAAGGAGUACCUGGAGGUUCCACCCCAGCAUCGAGGAGGAAGUGCAGCCAGCGUAAACGAACACUGAAUUAUUUCAAUCGGCGAGCGAAUCACUUUAGUCGUACAGGUCCACCAUGCAGACGUUGAGAGAGAAUAAGACUUUGAUUACAGAGAUCCUGUCUGCGGAACCUGAGUUCAUCCUUCAGCAUGUGCAGCAGGCGAAGAUAGUGAACCAGCGUGAAUACAACAACCUAAACGUCACUGGUCAUCCCCCAGAGACCAUCAUCAUCAAUCUUCUGGACAAAGUGAUGAACAAAGGAAACGAAAAAUGCCUCGACUUUGUGACCCUGCUGCAGCAACCAAAUAUCAUAGAUACCUACUCUAGAAUGGAGGAAGUAUUCAGCAACAACCUCACAGCACCCAGUGACCACACCUUCAGCACAGGAACCAGAGGCCCAUACACAACCUCCAGUACAGAUACUACUGGCCAGGCGGUUGGAAUGAGCAGUGAGGUCUGUCAAUACCGAAUGACCAGCCUGCCACGUGGUCAUUGUUUAAUCAUCAACAAUGUGCACUUUAUUCAAAUGGGGGAAAGAAGGGGAUCAGACAAAGAUGCUGAGGUUCUGAAGGAUGUGUUCCAGUGGCUCGGUUUUAAGGUGACUGUACUCCUAGACCAGACAGCACUGCAGGCCCGCGAGGAAUUGAAGAGGUUUGGUGACGAGACGCAUGGCGACGCCUUUGUCUGCUGCGUACUGAGUCAUGGUGGCAAAGGAGUUAUCUAUGGCACAGACGGCGAACCCAUCUCCACCAAUGACCUCAUCUCACCCUUCAAAGGCACCAACUGCUCCACCCUCAUUGGCAAGCCCAAGGCCUUCUUCAUCCAGGCAUGUAGGGGGAAAGAUACCCAAGCUAGAGUGCAGUUGGAGGCAGACGAAAAUCCAGGUGUAAAUCCAGGUCACCAGAUCUACAUUCCAGCUGAUGCCGAUUUCCUGUUUGCCAUGGCCACUGUCGAAGACUACUACUCGUUCAGAGUCCCAACCAGUGGGUCCUGGUUCAUCCAGACUCUGUGCAAACAGCUCAAACAGGGCUGUCCCAGAGGUGAUGACAUCCUGACCAUCCUAACACAGGUCAAUAGAGACGUAAGCCAGAUGGAUGACCGAUACCGGGAUAAGAAGUCCAGGGAAUACAAGCAGGCCAAGCAGAUGCCCGAGCCCAAGUACACGCUGACGAAGAGGCUGGUGUUCACAGUGCCGCCCCAAUGAGACGACGCCAGAGACAGAAGAGAAAGACAUCUCACAGGAGAGUGAGACAUCUCACAGGCCAUUUUUUUUUAUGGUAGGGUAAGGCGAGCAGAGAGACAGUUCUUAUUGGGCAGUUUCCCAUUGAAAAAAAUCCUGUCUGUUUAAGUGGGCGUUCUUUCUCACGUGAGCAUGCCAGAGAUUACCGAGGAACUGUUGGCUCACGCGGGAAAGCAUGCGCACACGAGUGACAGGAACCUUGACCAUUUUUUUCAAUGGUAAACAGCCUUUAUUAGACAUCUUCAUUAUCCACCAUCUUUGACGAUGCGCAAUGACCCAACAACCUGAAGACCCAGAGGUCACUUCCUGUUGUCGUGGUCACUGUGGUGUUUUAUGUUUAUGUUCUGAGCUGAUCUGCUGCUUGGUGUUGAAAUGAAAUGUUAUGCCUUGUUUUAAUAUUUUUUUCCUUUUAUAGUGGGGGGUGGUUUCGUGCUCGUGGGAAUGUUGUGUUCACGUGCUAGUCGGAAAUGGGAAAAUCUGAAAUUUCCAAUUUGCAAACUGGGGGUGAGCUAGCUAACAUUGCUAAUAAUAAAGUUAGCUAGCUUGCUUAACAUUGACAUAUGGUCAAACUGCCUACAUUCUCCAUUUUGGUAAGGUUGUAAUUGUCCAACGCAGAUUUGUCGUCAUCUUCUGGUUCAAAAGGUAAAAAGUCAGUGGUGAUACAUCACAAUUUGGCAACAAGAUUUGAGUUUGCCACUUGGAGUGCUGGUUAAAUGAAAUUUCCCACUGGGAACUAGGAGCUUCCGAUAGCACGUGAACGCAACUCCAGCAGAUAUACCAAAAGUCCAGGGGCAUUGCUGCAUCUCGAUCAAGUAAACUAGGCUAGAUUUAACCAAACUAAGAAUGUAUUUGAUAUGUGAAGAGCUCAGGAUCACCAUUCUUUGUAAACAAGUGGAUUCUCAUAGCAAGAACAAAGUAAAUCGAUAUCAACACAUUGCUUAAGCUUCACUUUAUUGCAUGUUGUGAUUUGAUAUUUCCUAAUUUGGGUUAUUUUUUUACAAUCAUGUUCUUACCUGCCUUUCACCUUAACAUGUUUUAUACCUGGAAAUAAAUAUUUUAAUCCAA